AUGCCGAAGACACCAAAAACGCCAAUACCGACCGUGUCGCCGAAGACCCCUUACCAAAGGCCUAGAAGUUCAAGAGGGGGUUCUGUGAGUUCAACCAGUACCGGUACCGUAGCUGCUACGAGAUGGGACACGAUCGCGCAGGCGCUAUUGGACACUGCGAAACUCCCGCCCAUCAGGAUUCGUCUAAGCCAGGGGCUGCCACCAGGAUGGGGCAAGAGAUACAAACGAAACAUCGUGACCCUUGUAACGAAGUACGAUCAGGAGGCCAAUCUCAACAUAACACCCGAAAAACUUGUAGUGAGGCGUGCCCUCGUGGCAUUAAGCCACCAAGAUGCGUACAAGUGGUCUGUUAACAAGCCGCCAACGGAGGAUCUGAAAUAUUUCUGGACGGACGAGGACUCGGGCCGUAUUCUGGAAGGCGUUGUUUUCAAAAACGUGCAUGAGGAGUACCAAGCCCUGCUGGAGAAGGUGCAUCAAGAGAGGAGUAGGAUUGCCGAGGACGUGGAUGCUACGAUCAGCCCCUCUCGCACACUCGCCCUGCUCGAGAAGAAGCUCCGGAAGAUAACACAUGAUAACAGAGAGGUCGAACAGUUGCGACAGGAGAAUCAGAGACUACAGGAUGUGAUGGCGACCAUGAACCUGGAUUCAUUUGAAAGGUAUUGCGGCUAUGCCAUUGAUGUCCGGACCCGCGCCGUCAUCACGUUUAUGAAAAACAAGACGAAGUAUGAGUAUACCGCCAAUCCUAACGCUGAAGCGGCCCGGGUUGCCGUCAGAGACUGUAUAGACCGGGUCCCAGAAGAAAAUGGCGCGCAAGAGAUUGUCGUGCCGCAGCCGUUCUCCACAGGCACAUCUGUCAUCCGCGCAACGGCCUUAUCUAGACGCUUUCACGGGGCCUACUUUCUCAUGGACUGCGAAAUUGUAGCUGACAAGCUGGCUCUGGAUCGCCAUGGCGAAGCGGCGCGUGAUACUCUCAGUCCCGUAUUAGUCUACUCCCCCUAA